GCUCCCAUGUUAAAACACAGCAAUGUGCCAAUGCAAUCACGUAAACGUCCAAUUUACUUUGCUGACAUACUGCACCUCAUAUAUAUGAUUAAAUUCAUACAGCCUACUUGAAUUUCUGAGAGCCCCAAAAUCAUCACCACCGUUUCCCGACUACUCUACGAAUGAAGAAACCUCUCUCUGUCUUGGGCCCUUCUCCUCGCUCAGCCUUCAAUCUCCCUUAAACACUCACUCAUGCAUGCUGCUAAACUGUCCACAGUGGCAGUUACAGAGAUAAAAGCCAACUGUUCACUUUUGUUUAUGAGGGUGUGUAACAGGAUUCAUGUCCACAAUCUUCUUUUGAAGGCAGAGGAAAAUGCCAGAGAAAGUAAGAAACCACCAGAGGAGCGAUGUGUAUGAUGAGUACAGGGGCAGGGACAGAGACUACUCCCACAAUAGAGACCACCCAUCAUAUGACGGCAGAGACCGCAACCAAAAGCCAAGAGACAUGGACGCCACAGGCUCUGCUGGUGACAGGAGGGCCAAACAAAACAGACAGAGGGACAUGACAACUGCCUCUCACCAGGACCACAAAGGACCCUCAAACCUGUCCAGAGAGACUCCGGCCUAUCACUCUGAAGGGGAGUAUUAUGAACGACAACACAGACAAACUCUUUACAAUCUCAGAUACAUCUUAACCAGCAGAGGUAUCUGCCAGCUCAUGGAGCUGUUUUUGAAUCUGCUUUUGGUCAUCUGCGCCGGAGUGCCAUACAGCAACAACGGGGGCUACCGUGACCUGGCCAGCCUCGGUGGAAUCUACGCUUAUCACUUUGGUGGAGCCAAUGCCUUCACUGGAGCUGAUGCAGUCAGGGUGAAGGAGCUGGACCAACUGUACCAUCAGCUCAAGCGGCCUCCGUACGCCUUCGCCAUGGCCUUCAGUGGGGUUUUAAUGAUCUACGCAUGUGCCAUGCUUGGCCUGGGGAUUUUCAGGGUCCCUUACCGCUGGCCCCCUGUGCUGCUCGGGGAGGCCCUGCUGAACCUGCUGAUCGGCCUGGGCUACAUCCCUGCACUGGCCUUCUACUUUAUCAAGCUGCAGGAGACCUACAAUGAUCCUAUCUGUACGGAGAGAGAGCAGAUGUACAAAAGCAAAGGGCACAAGGGCUUUGGUUGCCAGUUUCACGGUGCAGAUAUCGCAGGAGGUCUCUUUGGGGUGGUGGGGGUGUUUGUUUUCAUCUUUGGUGCAGUGUUGGCUGUCAGAGCUUUCAGGUCAGUGCGGGAGCUAAAGAAGCAAAGGACAAAUGAGGACAACAAUUUAUAAGACUUUUCUCUUUGGCACAUUUGAACAAAAGUGAGAUUGAUUAGAAAUCCCUGUGACAAGACAGCAUGGGAGUUUUUUUUAAUCAUAUAAGGUGUUAUUAUGUAUUCACUAUGGUUGAAUGUGAUUUUUAUUUUUUUUAAUCCAUUUUUUAUACUUCGAAGAAGUUUCUGGACUUGAUUUUGUAGAAUAUUUGUUAUUUCUACUACUUUUCCAGUUUACAUACCUGUGUACUGUGUCUGUUACAUCUUCUAUAAACGUGUAGUUAUAAUAAACCACUCCAAUAUCAA